GUGUAGUGAGAGAUUUAUAUAAAUAUAUAUUAGAUAGUGCAGAACGAGAGGACAGGUUAUCCGUACAAGUAUAUUGUAGUAGGUUUAAGCUCCUGAUAAUCUCGAGAUCGCGAGAAAGAGAACUCGGAGCCGGAUCACAGGGAAAGAUAGUAUAUAUCUAUAUAUUUAAAUAUAUCAUUAAUGUCUUUCCUUGGUGCAAACAUAGACAUGACCAAAACAAUAGAAAGUAGCUGGAGUGUGGCAACACUAUGUGUGGCACUGUUUGCGAAUCGUGCAAUGUGUAUGCCGAUGAUGGAUGGUCAAGAAGAGAUCACGUCUAAGACACACGUGAAUGGGAUUGCAUCAGCAUCCACCUCAACACAACCCAUGAGCAACGACGAGAAAAAACAGAUCCAGAUGAUAGUUAUCAUCUGCGGGGUAGUAGCUAUAGUAUUACUACUCGUAAGCAUUUGCUACUGUAUGGUGACGCGAUACCGUUCUAAGAGACGUAGGGGCAAUGGGCUGACAGAUGAGGACGAGUAUGCACGCAGAUGGCAGAAAAAGUAUCCUCCAGGCUCGACUAUAGUUCGAUCAAAGAUCACAAGCGCAUCAAAUCCCAAGCAAAAUGCACAUCUUACCUUUGCUGAGGUAAGUCACUUGCCUCCCGUCAAAAGUAAGCGUUAUACACGCGACAAAAACUGUGUGAGUGUUGUGCCAGAGAAGUCAAAGCUGAAAUUUGAGGUUCCCUGGAAAGCUGGGGUGGCUAGUGUGUGUAGUCUCUCAAUAACACAUCUAUUACCAUCGUACGUGUGGAAGCAGGAAGAUGGACGUGUACACGACGUAGCAUACUAUGAAGUUACUAUAUUGCAGCUCGCAUACAGUCAUGACUCUCGCAUUGCCAUAGGGGUAGCUUCCAAACCAUAUCCGAGCUUUAGGUUGCCUGGAUGGAAUCCAAAUAGUUCGGCAGUGCAUUCGAAUGACGGGCGUGUACACUCAUCCUUCUCAAGAGAUACAGCAAGUGCUGAGGCAUCUAAACGCCCACUCUCUGCAGGCGAUACGCUGGGAUGCGGUUUCGUGCCGAUGAAAGGCUCUGGUCCUGCAUCUCCCGUCACGUGCUUCUACACCCUCAACGGUAAGCUGAUACACUAUCAAGACACAGUGAAAGGUGGUGCCAUGGACAACAUAUAUGCCUGUGUGGGCGCAGACUGCGAUGCUGAGUUGGCUUACAACUUCCGAGGGGGUUUCACGUACGAUGCGAUUAGUCAUCAGUCGUUGCAGACGUACGAGAAACCGGAGACGAGCGUUGUUAAGAACUCAACGAGUAAGGGAUUCUCCACCAUUCUCGCUAUACCGCUACAACCCGAGGACAAGAAUAGCUCACCAGACAACCACGCGCUAUCUACUAUGGAUGGGGAGGCAUAGGCGAAGCCACACGAAAGUGCGUCCAUCAGGGAGUACUUAGCUCUCACACGAAAGUACAAACUAACCUUUGGGUACAUAGUAGAACCACCACAGCAAUGGGCACAAAUGCAGCAGGGUAUCGCGAUAGUCUCCCGAUGCACGCAGCAGCAUGAACAACAAAAGACACAUGAAGGAUGAAUACUCAUCACAGUAUAGAAAAACAAC